AAACAUAAUUCUCUUCUCUCCUAUUGGCUGGUUUGUUUUUUUAAAUAUCAUUGUUUGCAAAGAAAAACAAACCCUCUCAGCCCCACUGGAAAAGGAAAAUCGUAAUUUAUUAAAGGAUAUUCUACAAAGUAACCCAAAUUUAUCAAAAAACACAAAAUGUUUCAUUUUAGUGGCUUUAAUAUGAUGUUCCCUGAAGCUGGACGUAACUUCAAAGCUUCGUACAAAUGUUUUUCGGUAUCAAUGUUGCCGGGCAAUGAGCGACAGGAUGUGGAAAAUGGAGGAAAGAUUAUUAUGCCACCCUCAGCAUUGGAUUCCCUGACCCGUCUCAAUGUGGAAUACCCAAUGCUGUUCAAAUUGAUUAACAACAAAAAGGCCCGUACCUCACACGCUGGCGUUUUGGAGUUUGUGGCCGAUGAGGGUAAAUGUUAUUUACCCUAUUGGAUGAUGGAUAAUUUACUGCUGGAGGAGGGGGAUAUACUGACUAUUGAAAGUGUCUCCCUGCCAGUGGCCAAGUUCUCGAAAUUUCAACCUCACAGCACCGACUUUUUGGAUAUAACCAAUCCCAAGGCUGUAUUGGAAAAUGCUCUAAGGAAUUUUGCUUGUCUUACAACGGGAGAUGUCAUUGCCAUUAAGUACAACAAAAAAGUGUAUGAGCUAUGUGUGCUGGAGACAAAGCCCGGAAAUGCUGUGAGCAUUAUUGAGUGUGAUAUGAAUGUGGAGUUUGAAGCCCCAGUUGGCUACAAGGAACCCACAACUUCCAAGAAAGUCGAACCUCAAGAGGAAAUGCCACAGGACCAUGUUAUGGAAGAGGUUGUGGAGACAUUCAAGGGUUCCGGUGUUCGUUUGGAUGGCAAAAAGAAGAAGGAUAAUCAAUUGGAUGCCCCCGUCAUUAAGAAGGUAAGGUCUGCACACAGAAUAUCCCUUCUCAUAUUUAUGUUUCUACUCCCUUUUUCCCAGAUCCUGGCUCGUGGUGUUCCCGACUAUGAUUACCAAUUUGGCUAUCUUAAAUUUGAUCGCACCAUAAAACCCAUUAGUGAUCGUGUGGCCGAGGUAGAUGCCAGUCCAGCGGUUCAAGAGAGUUUCCAAGGCGAGGGCUUUUCCAUGAAGAAAUCACGCAAAUAAAACCCGCUCUCCUUUUUUUAACAACAAUGUAAUCUAUAUUCUUUAGUUUUUAAAACAAUGAAUUAAUAAAUGUGCAGGACUUUUUACAAAGGUA